GAACACGUGAAACGAAAGAGGAUCUAAAAAAGGAAUUAGGGAAGAGAAUUAGAGAAGCGGAGGCGAGUAGGGUUUUUGCCGUAUCAUUAUAUAAAGACGCUCAUUCAUCUCACUCUCUCUGCAUUCAUUCAAUUUUGGUUGAGGGCUAGGGUUGGGGUUCGAUCCAAUGGCGGAGGAGAGGUCGACGGGUGUGGUCCGGUGGUUCAACGACGUGAAGGGCUUCGGGUUCAUAACGCCCGACGACGGUGGUGAAGAUCUGUUUGUCCACCAGUCCGCCAUCAAAUCCGACGGCUUCCGUAGCCUGGCCGAGGGCGAGCUUGUCGAGUUCCAGAUCGAGCUCGGCGUCAACGAGAAGACUAAGGCCGUUGACGUCACCGGCCCCAACGGAUCUCCCCUCCAGGCCACCAAGAAGGAAAGUUACAGUUACGGCAGGUCGGCACGCGGGGGCGGAGGUGGAGGCUGGAGAAGCGGCGGGGAUAGGCGCAACGGCGGGGCCGGUUGUUACAAUUGCGGCGAUCCGAGGCACAUCGCUAGGGAUUGUUACAGAGGAAACCCCAUGUCCGCCGGAGGCGGAGGCGGAGGCGGUUGUUACAGUUGCGGCGAGGUUGGGCACAUGGCUAGGGACUGUCCUCGCGGAAACAAUGGUGGCGGUGCGUGUUACUCGUGCGGUGGGCGUGGGCACUUGGCGAGGGACUGUAUCGGUGGUGGUGGUGGAGGUGGAGGAGGCGGAGGCGGAGGCGGAGGCGCGUGCUUUAAUUGUGGGGAGUUUGGGCACUUGGCUAGGGAUUGCCGAAACGGCGGCGUUCCGGGAAGGUUCAGUGGCGGUGGUUCCGUAGGAAGAAGUGGGUGUUUCAACUGCGGGAAGCAAGGCCAUUUUGCUAAAGAGUGCCCUGAGGCCCCCGACGCUUCUUGAGUAUGAACCAAGAAAAAAGAAAGGCUAUCUUCUGUGGAUGUUUCCUUCUCUACAGACGUAAGCUUUGAAACUAGCUCCUAAGUUUUGAUUGUUAAUCCCCUGUAUUUUAUUAACUCGAGUGCAAUCUUCUUUGUUUAUAUAUUUUUCUACUAGCUCAUUUUGUUGGUAUUCUAAAUGAACACCAUUUGAUUUGUA